CCUUAAAAACGUUGAACCUCUCAACUAAAACUAGCCCUUCUUCUAAAAAAUAAAAGCUUUAGCCCCUUUGCCUGAUAAAAGGGAAAAAGAAAUAGUGAGGCACACUAGGCGACAAAAGAAGGUAACAGACAAAGAGCAAAGUCUGCUCAUCAUCAGUUGUCCACUAGAGUAUAAAGAAAAAGUAAAGGUUGUCCCUUUGCCUGCUCUCUUGUACUAUCUCUAGUAGUAGAAUUCUAGAUCCAUCAACUCAAGUAGCGCUUGAUCCAGCCGAGCAGGGGAUCCAUGGAGCAGCUGCCGGACGAGUGCGGGCUGGAGGAGCUGGAGCUGCCCACUGUAGACCUCGAGGCGGAGGAGCCGAGCCUGACGGGGCAGCUGGUGGCGGCGUGCCGGGACCCGGGCGUGUUCCGGCUGGUCAACCACGGCGUCCCCUGCGACCUCACCGCCCGCCUGUUCGGGCUGGCGCGCGGCCUCCUUGAGCUGGACGCGGCCAACAAGUCCCGGCUGCCCGGCUACUUCUGUGGCACGCCGGCGCUGGCGGCGCUCCCCGUCAAACAGCUCAACUGGCUAGAGGGGCUGCACGUCGACGGCGACCGUUGUCAUUCUUGUCCUGACGCUGCUGACGGUGAAGCAGACGGCAGUGCCUUGUCGCAGUUCAUGGAGGCGGUGAGCGGGGAGUACGUGGCGCACAUGGCGCGCAUCGCCCGGAAGCUGUUCGACGCCCUGGCCAGCGGCGAGCUGGGCCUGGAUGAAGAGCAGCGCGCGUCGUACCUGACGGAGCGCGGCAGCAUCUUCCGGGCGUACCGCUACCCGGCUACUGCGUCAGGGCGGCGGCAGCUGGGGAUGGAGGCGCACACGGACAGCUCGGUGCUGUCCAUCCUGAACCAGGACAUGGUGGGCGGCCUGCAGGUGCUCUGCCGAGGGCGUGGGGAUCGGGAUAAGGAGGAGGCGAGAUGGCUUGCGGUGCGGCCUGUGGAGGGAGCGCUGGUGGUGAACGUGGGGGACAUGCUGCAGGCGAUGAGCGGGGGCGCGUACCGGAGCCCGGAGCACCGGGUGGUGGCGCCGGCCUGGACGGAGGUGGACAGGAUGUCGCUCUGCUACUUCGCGUUCCCGCAGGAGGACGCCGUGAUCGUGGGCCCGGCGUCAGCUUGUCGUCAGGAGGUGUACAGGGCGUUCAGCUACGGUGAGUUCCGGGAGCAGGUGCAGGCGGACGUGAAGGCCAGCGGCUCCAAGGUCGGCCUCGCCCGAUUCCGCGUCGCCGUCGGCCAAUCAUAAUCAUUAAUCAUUGGACCAAGCCUGAUCGAUCAAUGGAUGGAUGUUUUUCUUCUUCUUCUUCUUCUUCUUGUUGUCAUUUUGUAUAUGUAUAUGUUUGUAGCGGGCCGAGAAAGCUUUUACUAAUUAUUAAUUAGUGGGCUGGGCUGGGCUCUCGUGCGUGCCCACCCACGAUGCUCUUUGUUUUGUU